UCACAGUGGCAAUCUUUCGUUCACUGCCUAAUUAACGUUAGCUCUUCCAUUGAUUUCGGUUAUCCAACAUCAACAGAGCAAUCCUCUUGCUACGAAGCUGUAUUUCACAGAGUUCAGAAGUAAGAGCAUUAGAGAAACCAGGAACACAACACAACCUCCAAAAAUGGCCUGGACUGCGGACAAAGUCCCGCUCCCCGAGCUCGUCGAGGCUCCAGAAGACAUCGGCCAGAAAGCGCGGCAGCUCGCCGGCAUGAUAAGGAAGAGCGAGCACUUCAUCGUGUUUACUGGAGCGGGUAUCUCUACCUCGGCCGGCAUUCCGGACUUCCGAGGCCCAGAAGGAGCAUGGACUCUGCAGGCCCAAGGGAGGCAGCGAACCACAGCCGCCGUCAGCACCCUGCAAGCCAUUCCAACCACCACGCAUAUGGCCAUCGUCGAGUUGCAGAACCAAGGCCUAAUGAAGUACCUCGUCAGCCAAAACUGCGAUGGGCUGCACCGGAGGAGUGGCGUCUUGCCUGACAAAAUAUCCGAACUGCAUGGCAACAACAACCGUGAAGUUUGCAAGAAUUGCGGCAAGGAGUACAUCCGUGACUUCCGCGCCGUAGCUGAUUAUACCACCUCGGUACACGACCACCGCACGGGGCGCAAGUGCACGCGCUGCGGCGGCGUCCUCCACGACACCAUCAUCAACUUCAGCGAGCCGCUGCCCGCGCGGGAGCUCGCGCUCGCGCUCGAGCACGCCCGCAAAGCCGACCUGUGUCUGGUCCUGGGCUCGUCGCUGACCGUGGCGCCCGCCAACGAGGUACCCGAGGCGGUCGGCAAGCGACGCCAGCGCGGCGGCGGCGGCGGCGCGAAGCUGGUCAUCUGUAACCUGCAGGCCACGCCGCUGGACACCAUGGCGGAUUUGAGGGUGCAUGCCAAGACGGACGAGCUGAUGGUGCGGGUGAUGCGAGAGUUAGAAUUGGAAAUCCCGGCGUUUUCGUUGGAGAGGAGGUUGGCUGUAACGGUGGAGGGGUUGGACAGGAAGAUGAAACUGAGCGUGGAGGGAGUUGACGUGGAUGGGACGCCUGUUUCGUUUCUGAAGUCGGUCCGGUUGGUGGGGAGCCGUCGGGCAUUGAAGUCGGAGCCGUUCGUGUUCCCGUUACGGGGUGAUGCUGCUGACGGUGAACUGGAGUGGAAGAUGGAGCUCGAGUUCAUGGGGCAUUACGGGGAGCCCAACCUGGAGCUAGUCCAUAGUAUCCGGGAGGAGGAGAUGGGGAUUCAGGCGGUGUAUCUUCUGCAUUACAACCCCUACAAUGGGGAGUGGAAGACGAAAAGGCUAUAGGUCAUACCUGCAGUAUAGCCCUUGAGUGAUUGUUACAGUAGUGCGAAACCAGGGACAGGGGUCCCUACCACUUGAUUGCAAUGUCUUCCAUUUCAACAACC